CAACUUGGUACAAUCUGAACCAAGCUAGGAGCUGUCGGCGCUAAUUUUUUACUCUGGAUUCACGAAGUCUGUGUGUUUUGUGAGUGAAGUGGUUCACUUAAAGUGAAACGUUCAAGACUUUUACUUUUUCAAGCUUCGAAUUUUUUUUACAAUUCUUCACAACUUGUGGCCGAUGUGCCACCGGAAACGCCUAACUAGUCGUAGUUUGGUUUGAAUCCUCGGUACCAGUCUCGGACAGUUCAAAGUGCGUGAUGCCAGUAAACGGAGGGGGGCUGCUCUCUCUGAGCAGAUACGCUACUCAGUAUUUAACAAUCCUUGAGGAAAAGUCGGGAGUUUCCAUGAAUCCCUGCUGAAGCCUGUUGCACCUGCUGUUACUGCUACUGCUACCAGCUACACGAACGAACCCAGUCAUGGAGGAGACCGUGUGGGAGCAGUACACCGUGACCCUGCAUAGGGAUUCGAAGAUGGGCUUUGGCAUUGCUGUAUCAGGAGGGCGGGACAACCCAAACGAAGACACUGGCGAGACGUCCAUCGUGGUAUCUGAUGUCCUGCAGGGAGGGCCGGCUGAUGGAUUGUUGUUUGAAAAUGACAGAGUAGUGCAGGUGAACGCCAUCCCCAUGGAUGGAGCCAUCCACUCGUUUGCUGUCCAGACCCUCAGGAAGUGUGGCAAAGUAGCAAAAAUUACAGUCAAGAGGCCCAGAAAGGUUCCAGUCAAUGUGCUCAAUCGUCAGCCAUCACCUGAUGACAGAGUCUUCAACAACGACUACAAUGAUGACUACAACUAUGAUCAGGACCGCCGUAGCGUGUACAGCGCUAGGAGUGGCGGAGGCCGAGACCACAGCCUGGAGAGGGAGCGAGGUGGCUACAUGGACUCCGGCUACCACACACGUGAUCGUGACUAUGACCGGCGGGAACGUGGCAGGAGCACAGAGAGAGACCUCAGCCUGGACCGCCAGUACCGGCGAGAUGGCAGCAGAGGGCGCACUUUGGAUAGAGAGUACAGCCCAGAUCGCCGCUACAAGAGCGAGCAUGCGCUUGACCGUGACUACAGCCCAGACAGAAGGUACCGCAGCGACCGUGGAUUAGACCGAGAUUACAGUCCUGAUCGGCGUUACCGCAGUGAUCGAGCCCUCGACCGGGACCACAGCCCAGACCGACGCUACCGCAGCGACCGAACCCUGGACCGCAACGAAAGCCCUGAUCCGCGCUACAGGCGCGACAGUCCAGGACGAGGCCGCGGGCGUGAUCAAAGCUACGAUCGAGGACUUGACCGCAUCGCAAGUGAGCCGCGGAAAUAUGACGAGCCGAUAAAGCGAAGUGCAAGCAGGGACCGCCUUGAACGUACACCGUCACCUGCUGCCGUGCCCCUCCCUCUCCCUCUGCCUCGCCCUGCCCGGGACCUGGAGCCGCUGGAGAAACCUGUGAAUGUGCUACUGCUGAAAAACCAUCCCAACGAAGAAUAUGGCCUUCGUCUGGGCAGCCAGCUCUUCAUCAAAGAGAUGACCAGCACAGGACUUGCCAGCAAGGAUGGAAACUUGCAGGAAGGGGACAUUAUUCUGAAGAUUAAUGGGACUGUGACAGAAAACCUGUCUCUCAGCGACGCCGGGAAGCUGAUUGAGAAGUCCCGCGGGAAGCUGCAGCUGGUGGUGCAGCGAGACAAGAAGAAGAUCCUGGUCCGAAUCCCACCGAUGGUCGACAGCGACUCGGAGCUCGACGAUAUCUCUGAGAUCGAGUCGUACCGCUCCUAUUCUCCACAGGAUGACAGACGGGCCCACCACUCUGACCUCUCCUCCCAUUCCUCCAAUGAGAGACUUCGAGACAAGCCCAGAGAGGACCCGCCUAGCAGGCUGGCAAAAAUGGGUGCUAUGCCAACCCCAUUCAGAGGUGCUGACAGAGACGUUGAAGAUAAGGCUCCUUUGCAGGCAGAGAGGGAGGAGCCACGCUCCGAGACACCACCAGUACCAGCUGCCAGUGUCGCCACAAAGGUUCACGCUCCCCCUAAAGUGCCACUAAAGCCAAGUGCAGAAGACCUGGAAAUAUACGGGCCGAACACGGUGAUGGUGCGUUUCCAGAAAGGCGACAGUGUGGGUCUGCGGCUGGCGGGAGGAAAUGAUGUCGGCAUCUUUAUCGCCGGUGUUCAGGAGGACAGUGCAGCAGAGCAGGAGGGUCUCCGCACGGGAGAUCAGAUCAUGAGGGUGAACAACAGAGACUUCAGAGGCAUGGUGCGUGAAGAUGCUGUUCUCUACCUCCUGGAGAUUCCUAAAGGAGAGGAAGUUACCAUUCUUGCGCAGAGCAAGCCUGAAGUGUAUAAAGAUGUUUUAGCAUCUGGCAGAGGCGACUCCUUCUUCAUUAGAACCCACUUUGAAUAUGAGAAGGAGGCCCCGCAGAGCCUUCCUUUCUCCAGGGGGGAGGUCUUCAAAGUGACGGACACACUCUAUGAUGGCAAACUUGGCAACUGGCUGGCAAUCCGUAGUGACAAAAACAACCAGCUUUUAGAAAAGGGAAUCAUCCCCAACAAGAGCAGAGCAGAGCAAAUGGCUAACGUCCAGAAUGCUGCGCGGGCUGCAUCGGGCAAUGACAGAGGAGACUUCUGGAGGAUGAGGGGCCAAAGAGCCGCAAAGAAGAAAGAUUUGCGCAAGAGUCGAGACGACCAGGGCAACGUUCCGGCUACACGCUUCCCCGCCUACGAGAGAGUGGUAUUACGUGAAGCUGGUUUCAGGAGACCGGUGGUGAUAUUUGGGCCUAUUUCUGACGUGGUUAACGAAAAACUGGCUACUGAACUUCCUGAUCAGUUUGUCAUUGCCAAAACUGAGCCCAAGGAUGCAGGAAGUGAGAAGUCCUCGGGGGUGGUGAGAUUGAACUCUAUCCGGCAAAUCAUUGAACAGGACCGUCACGCUCUGCUGGAUGUGACUCCCAAAGCUGUGGACACCCUGAAUUACACUCAGUGGUACCCCAUCGUCCUUUUCCUGAACCCUGACAGCAAACAAGGUGUGAAGACCAUGAGAAACCGCCUCAUACCCGGAUCCAACCGCAGCGCACGCAAACUGUACGAGCAGGCCCUUAGGCUGAAAAAGAGCUGUUCACACCUUUUCACGGACACCAUCGACUUGAACUCGGCCAAUGACGCGUGGUAUGGCAGUGUGAAAGAUUCAAUUCGGGAGCAGCAAGACAAAGCUGUGUGGGUGUGCGAGGGCAAGGUGGAUGGUUCAGAGGAGGACUUGGAUCUCCAAGACGACCGCAUGUCCUACCUGUCGGCAAUGAGUGACUACCUCAGCAUGGACAGCCGGAUGACCAGCGACUACGACGACACAGCGGACGAGGGCGGGGCGUACACUGACAAUGAGCUGGACGAGACACUGGAUGAACCCCACCCCGUGUCGGCCAUCAGUCGAUCAUCAGAACCCGUACUGGCCGACGAGAGGCCUCACCCUGAACCCCGUGUACGUAUGAGAAGAGAGGUGAGCAGAGAGCCAAGCCCUCCCCCCUCUUUCGUCCCUGAACCCCAAAGGUUCGUGCUCAGACUCGAACUGACUCCACACGGAGCUACGAGUCACACUCCAGCAGCACCAUCAGCAGUGACGCAGUGGGCGGAAACAAGCCGCCUCCCCUCCCGUGAAGCCUGUGAAGCCCACUAUCGCCCGCCAACCAGUGAACCAGUCGUCAGAAGAUCAGAGUCCGGGGAAAGACGAGGAAGAGGACCCUGCCAACAAAUCCUUCCUGGGCAAGAAAAUGGGUGACCAGAUUAAAGCGUUUGAGAAGAUGGACCAUCUGGCAAGAGCUCAGAGGAUCCUGGAGCUACAGGAGGCAGAAAACG